ACCUCCAGAAGCACCAUGGCCUGCGGAUCAGGAUUCAGCAGCCGCGCCUUCAGCUGCGUGUCGGCCUGCGGGCCCCGGCCCAGCCGCUGCUGCAUCACGGCCGCCCCCUACCGCGGCGUCUCCUGCUACCGCGGACUCGCCGGCGGCUUCGGCAGCCGCAGCGUUUGUGGGGGCUUCCGCGCUGGCUCCUGCGGCCGCAGCUUCGGAUACCGCUCUGGCGGCGUGUGCGGACCCAGCCCGCCCUGCAUCACCACCGUGUCGGUCAACGAGAGCCUCCUGGCGCCCCUCAACCUGGAGAUCGACCCCAACGCGCAGUGCGUGAAGCAUGAGGAGAAGGAGCAGAUCAAGAUCCUCAACAACAGGUUUGCUGCCUUCAUCGACAAGGUGCGCUUCCUGGAGCAGCAGAACAAGCUGCUGGAGACCAAGUGGCAGCUCUACCAGAACCGCAAGUGCUGCGACAGCAACCUGGAGCCUCUGUUCAGUGGCUACAUCGAGACGCUGCGGCGGGAGGCGGAGUGCGUGGAGGCCGACAGCGGGAGGUUGGCCUCGGAGCUCAACCACGUGCAGGAGGUGCUGGAGGGCUACAAGAAGAGGUAUGAGGAGGAAGUUUCUCUGAGAGCAACAGCCGAGAAUGAGUUUGUGGCUCUGAAGAAGGACGUGGACUGCGCCUACCUCCGCAAGUCGGACCUGGAGGCCAAUGUGGAGGCGCUGACCCAGGAGAUCGACUUCCUACGGCGACUGUAUGAGGAGGAGAUCCGUGUCCUUCAAGCCCACAUCUCAGACACUUCGGUCAUCGUCAAGAUGGACAACAGCCGGGAACUGAACAUGGACAACAUCCUGGCCGAGAUCAAGGCUCAGUACGAUGACAUCGCCAACCGCAGCCGGGCUGAGGCGGAGUCCUGGUACCGCAGCAAGUGUGAGGAGAUAAAGGCCACAGUGGUCCGGCACGGAGAGACCCUGCGUCGCACCAAGGAGGAGAUCAACGAGCUGAACCGCCUGAUCCAGAGGCUUACCGCCGAGAUCGAGAAUGCCAAGAGCCAGAACUCCAAGCUGGAGGUGGCUGUGAGCCAGGCUGAGCAGCAGGGCGAGGCGGCCCUCAGCGACGCCAAGUGCAAGCUGGCCGGGCUGGAGGAGGCCCUGCAGAAGGCCAAGCAGGACAUGGCCUGCCUGCUCAGGGAGUACCAGGAGGUGAUGAAUGCCAAGCUGGGCCUGGACAUCGAGAUCGCCACCUACAGGCGCCUGCUGGAGGGCGAGGAGCAGAGGCUGUGUGAAGGCGUUGGGGCUGUGAAUGUCUCUGUCAGCAGCUCCCGGGGCGGGGUCGUCUGCGGGGACCUCUGCGUGUCGGGCUCCCGGCCUGUGACGGGCAGCGUCUGCAGCGCCCCCUGCACCGGGAACCUGGCGGUGAGCACCGGCCUGUGCGCCCCCUGCGCGCCCUGCAACUCCAUCACGUCCUGUGGCCUGGGCACCGGCGGCGUGGGCUCCUGCGGCAUCAGCUCCUGCGGCGUGGGCUCCUACGCCAGCAGCUGCCGUAAAUGUUAGCCGCCCCAGCUCAAACCCCCGGCCCAGGCAUCUCCCCUACGCAGCCUGGCCCGGCCCGCCCCGCCUGGUCCAGCCCCGCCCAUGCCCGGGCGGAGCAGGCACUCCGCUACUUCCCUCGCGCUUUGAAAGGCCCGCCCCACUCCUGGCCUCUCACGUCUACUUGCGAUCCCCUUUUCCUCCGUCUGCCUCUUUCUGCUGGGAAGGGCUACCCCAGAAAGAAGUCCCUUUGGCGCACGCAGGAAGGGAGCUGCGGCGCAGAGAGGACCAGGCUGCCGUGCAGAGAGGACCAGGCUGCCGUGGGGCCAAUAGCCAGAAACCCCCAGCCUUUUCCUUUCCUCGUCUGCCGUGUCCGUCUCUGUCUGUUUCCAAUAAAUCAAUGUAGCCAACCCUG